CAGCCAGUCAGCUCUGAAAGCGGGAGGGAUGGAGGAGGGAGGACUACUCUGUAGCCCCAUGUAGUGCAGGUGUCAGUGCCAGUGCUGGAGCAAUGGCUGCAGAUUCUGCCAGUUCUGGCCCUGGAGGACAGCCUGACUUGUUCAGCUCUGUGACAGUGUACUCCCUGGCUGCCUGUGCUGCACAGCUGAUUGUGGGCUACAUACUGGCACAGCGUCUUGGCAGGAAAUGCUCUGGCUCUGACAGAUGGACUCUGGUCUGGCUAUUCUAUGAUGCUAUUGUGCACUUCACACUUGUGAGUAUCUCAGAAUCAUCGAAAUCAGGAAUCUCACUUCACUACUUAAUUUACAUUAUGUCCAUGAGGGAGUAGGUUCUCAGCUUUUCUGGAACUACAACUCCCAUGAUGCAAUGCCAGCUAUAAGGGUGUAGUUCACCAAAAGGUGAAAGUCUACCUUCUGGCCACCUGUGAUUUGUCCCAUAUUAACCUUUUUUUAGCUAGUCCUUGUAAUGAAUGUGAAUGAAUGAGUACCAAUACCAAAGUGGGGUGUGUGGCAAAUAAUUUAAAAAUAAAUGCAAUUAAAAUAUAUUUAUUUUUACUUCAAUGAUUCUAUAUUGUUAUAUUUGUCAUUGUUCUAAAUGUUUGAUACUGUAGUAUAGCAUUCCAUUUCAAAUGGCUGCAGUGUCGACCUUUCUGCUGUGUUGAUAAGGUAAACCGACCCCUGCCCUGCAAGCAGAUGUUGUUGUGGUGAUAACAGCCGUACUCAUGUAAUGUAAAGAUAAUGCUUAUCAAUACGUGAAACAAUACAUAGUUCAUAUAAUAUUUUAUAUCACCAGUAAAACAUACAGGGUUGCUAAUAGUGCUGUGUAGAUUGUUGACAACAUACAAAUAAAAUUUGAGGAUAAUUAGAAUAUCUGCAAUAUGUAUAAAUAACACGCUAUAGUGCACACCAUUUAAGAGUAACCAUACAGUUGAAGAGAUUUAAAAAUAUAUAUUUAUGCAGUCCAUUUUAAUUAAAAUUUUUAUUUUUUAAUAUGGUUUUAUUGGUCGGUGCAAGUUUCAUUACAUGAAAUACAAGUUGUAUACGGUUCAAACAAGCCCAUCUACGUGCAUUCAAUACAUAUACUAAUAAAACACUCCUUACUGCCUAUAAUACAUCACAACCAAAAAAGGUACACCGUGUGGACAGGAAUUUGAAAGGAAAAAAAAUUACAUUUGGUCCCUCUGCUGCUUUUUGUUGUUGUUGUUGUUGUUGUUAAAAUUCUUUAUUUUUGCUGUGCACACGAUUCCAUACACACUUGCUAUACCACGACCGUAUUGGCAAGCAAUUCAAGAAACAUACAAGGUGUAACUUUGACAUGGUAUAUGAAGUAACUGCACAAUUUUUAAGUAAGUGAAAACAGGCUUCACGAUAACAUCACUAUUCCUGAGGUGUAAUGGAUUCAGGCUAGGUAUAUACGUUUAAAACAGUGGCUUGAACUAGGCGAGUAGGUACGAGAGGCACGUUACAAAUAGUGAUGAGCAGCAGGAAUGAAAUUAUAUGGUAAGACAAGCUUUUAUCCAUAGCCUGGUACGUUUUGCUGCAUGACACAUUUUGAACUGUAGUAUGUCAUAUUAGGUACACGUGUCUACACAGUUAGUAUAUGCUUGGGAAAACAUGCUGAUUAUAUGUACUAGUUUUUAAAGUUAAAAUAAGCUAGACACGUAGUUAUGUGGAUGCGAUGUAGUCUGCCCACAGGGUAAAAGAGUGUCAACGCAUGUUGCCUGUUACCGACUGAGCCUGCUGUAGGCAACGAAUGUUACCACCGUGACUGGACUCAGAAGCAAUUUGGUACACUAAAUAAUAUAUGAAAAAAAAGAAAAGAAAUAAUAGAACAACAUAAAGGUCAUUCAAUAAAACAAUACUGCAGUGGUCGCAGGAGCCAGUCUCUGUGUGGACCUUCUGGUUUCUCAAAUUUGAGUUUCAACCGACUCCAGCGCUUGGUUGGCACAACUCGUGGUCAGGAUGCGUAGUGGUGUCCCUUUGCGCCCUCUCGCUGAUCUGCGGCAGGUACUGGGCUUCAUAUAGAUGGGGCUUGGUCAGUUGUGGUGUCUCAGGCCCGGGCCGAUGUGGCGGGCUGUUGUUGUCUGGGAGCUGGGUGGGUGGUGGCAUACCCCGGCCCUUCAGGCCUGUUGAGUUGGGAUCGGCUGUGCGAGGGGUUGGAGACUUCUGUAGGCUCUCGUCUCGUCGUCUGUGUCUUGCUCUGUUUUGUUUUGGGUUACUCGUUUGGGUUGUGGUGGAUCCGUGAGGUGUUCUCAGGUGUGUCUGUAAUGCCUUUGCUUGGGCCCUGCUUGUCGGCUUUGGGGAGGUUUUUGCCCCUUGGUGGCUUCUGCAUUGCCGAUUGGCGGUCCCCUCUGCACUGUCUGCUUGCUUUGGAAAUUAUCCAAUUUAGUUUAUCACUAUUAUUUCUGGUGUAGAUUAGAAACCUUUAAGUCAUUUAUGAAAGCAAGGUGGCCUCCUCUUCACUCCAGUAUGAAGGCUGCCUAUCAAAGGAGAACUACAUUAUUAAAGAAUAUUUAAUAAUUACAUUUUUAAUUUUGUUUCAUGUGUUUUGAAUAACAUAAGUUAACAAUCUAGCUGUUUAUUCCUUCUUCUUUUUUCUUCUUCUACCCCCCCAGUGAAAAAAAAAAAAUAAAAUCUUUUUGAAUGUUACCAUGUGAUAAUUGAUAUUGUAGUUGAUACUCUGACCUUUAUAGGAGUAAAAAAUAUGUGUAUUGUUUUUCAGGAGGGUCCGUUUGUUUACCUGUCUUUGGUGGGAACAGUGGCUACGUCGGACAGUAUGAUGGCUUCAUUGUGUGAGUAUGAAACUUGCUUUUGCUCUUUUGUCAAAGGGAUGUUUUCAUACUGAUCAGUAGAAAAUGAUAUUGAGGAGAUUAAAGGAACACUCCAAGCACCAUAACCACUACAGUAGGAAUGUUCCUGGAUAGAUCUGCAUUUCUAUUCCUUUGGGUGACCGGGCUUCACAUAAUGCCCAGAAGGGUGAUAACACACCUCCAAGCAGGCACAACAGUCAGGGACAGGUCAAGAAUGAUGAGGCCAAGCCAAAGUCAAGGAAUACAGAGCUUAGUACUCCUAACACUAUAGCGUUCCAUUAAGUGGACCUGACCAAUAAGUAACCUGACAAAAGGAAACACAAAUGACUGAAUCCAGCAUAUCUCUCUAAAUAUCUACUUACGCUAUAGUUCUACUUUGCAUCGUAUCAAUCAAACAAAUUCCUACUACUAAUUAUACUUCUACUUUAAACUCCCUCAGGUGCUGAUUUAAUAAAGGUGUUCUAUUUUUAUACUCCUGUUAUUUGCUUUGAAUAAUGUGAUUUAAAUUUCAUAAAACUUAAAAACAUUGCUGCUCUGUGACCAUAUGUGAAUGUUUGAAAUAUCAACUACAGUUGUUGAUGCAGAGAUUGUUGAAAAACCAGAGACUGAAAACCACAGUAAUUUAAUAAAAUUUAGAAUUCCUCCUUGUUUUGUCAAAAAAGGAAAGAAAAACAAUAACCCUACAAUAUGACAUUAUCUCCUUAAAGGGACUCUUCAGGCAGUAGAUCACCUACAUUUUUCAAACACAUUUUAUAAAUAAAGUAUUAAAACAGUUAAAAAAUAAUGCUUAAUCCCCUCUACUAUUUGUAUUGUCGCUGGAACCCCUUCUGCAAGCUUUCCCUGAACACCCGGACAUCCACGGAGUAACAGUAGGGAGCAAACAGUUUUUGGUCUUUGCAUACGCAGAUGAUGUCCUACUAUCAAUUACCAACCCCGUAGAGUCUAUGGCAGCACUCCAGGAUCUACUGACGAUAUAUGGAACUAUUUCAGGCUAUAAAGGAAACAUGAAUAAAUCUAGCGCCCUCUCCUUAGGUCUGUCGGUGGCAAACACGGCACUCAUACAAACAACCUAUAGUAUUCAGAUGGCACAUCACUCUAUCAAAUAUCUAAGGACUCGAUUAAACGCUGACCCCACUUAAUUGUACAAAAUGAACUAUAGGCCUUUAAUGGAAACAAUGAUUAGAGAUAUGGAAAACUGGAUGGAUAAACCGAUAUCUUGGAUUGGCCGUGUUCAUUCCGUAACGAUGAACAUAUUGCCACGUAUUUUAUUCCUGUUCCAGGCCCUCCUGGGGGCGAUUACAAAACCAGAUUUGACGCCUCUACAAAGCGCUAUAGGGUCGUUCAUUUGGCAGAACAAGAGACACAGGGUAUCCAGAAAUGUCCUCUACCGCCCUAAAAUGAGAGAAGUACUGGGUCUACCACAUCUUUACUAUUAUUAUUUGGCUGCACAGCUUACUCAGAUAGCGAUGUGGCAUGUACCAGUGGAUGUCAGAAAGUGGGUAGAUUUAGAGUCAUUAAUGACGGGGGCAGAUCUUCCCCAAUACUACAUAUGGGUUUCUAGAGAUCGAGGAGUUAAUUUGCGGUCCACUUGCCAAGUAAUACUCAACUCCCUCAGAAUUUGGGAUGCAACAGCUUAUAAGUUUGGUUUAUCGUCAUCCCCUUCCCCAAUCACCCCUCUACUAAGAAACCGGGUCCCCUCUAGUGGCGUUAACCCUGCAAGGUAAUUAUUGCAGUUUAUAAAAAAUUGCCUUAAUUACACUUGCAGGGUUAAGUGUAGUGGGAGUUGGCACCCAGACAACUCCAAUGGGUAGAACUGUUCUGGGUUUCUACAGUGUCCAUUUAAGUACAAUUGUUUGAUGGGUAAACUGACAGCGCAGGUGAGAAACACUGUACAUAAGUUUGAGAAAAUAUGGGAAGCCUGGAACACAAGUGACUUUAUUGACUGAACUAGAAUGAUUUUCGGAGAGUUGUGGGGAGCAGAGUUGACACUUUGGCUAGUGCGGCACAUCGCUCCCUGCCUCCCCCCGCCCUCCCCUUCCCCAGCAGGCGAUCACUACUUACUAUACUAUCCUUUUCUUUUUAACCUUCAUCGCUUUGUCUUACUAUCGUUUCUUUUACUGAUAAUUUCUGUCCCUGGCUAUAUCUAUGGAACCAUAAGUAUAUGUUUCUCAGUAUCUACUCAAGGAUGCAGUAUGUGCCUAAUACCUAGGUUGUGCGAAUUUCACGCAUUCCACCCCCCCCCAAAAUACAGAAUCUCAUUUUGUCAGAGCCAAUGGAUCUUUCAUGUCUCUCUUCUCUCUCUACUAUCUAUAAAUAAGUUUACACAAUUUGUAUAUUUGAUUUAUGUUGUGGAUUAAAAGAAUACUGUUAAGUUGCUUACGUUGGAUGAAACGCUGCAAAUUAUGUUAUGUAUCGUUUCCUUCUUAUUAUUGUUCCAUCUGAACAGUGAAAGUAUGUAUUCUGUAUUCUUUGUUAUGCUAAUUCUUGACCAAAAAUAAAAAAUUUAGAAAAAAUAAAUAAUGCUUAAAAGUAUUCUAUCCACGCUGGAAUUUCUCUGUAACAACCAGCACACCUAUAUUUCUUUCAUUUGCUUCUUAGGGAAAGAAUAUGGAAAAGCAGACACUCGAUGGCUCCAUUCUGACCCAACCAUCGUCUCCCUUGAACUACUCACAGUUGUCCUGGAUGGACUUUUAGCUGUAGUUCUCAUAUAUGCCAUCAUCAAGGAUAAAUAUUACAGGUCAGUAUUCCAUUAACCCCAAUAAACAGAAUUGAUUCUGUCUGUAAAACUUAUGUCAGGGUUUUUUUGUGCCACUCAUUGGAACCUGCAUGAGGGUCUGGUUGGCCUAAGGAAACAUCUGUAAUAUAUGGCAAAUCAGGAAUGCGGUAAUCACUGUAUUUUUAUUUAGGAAGCACCGUUAUACGCAGUAGAUUUGAACACAUAGCAAAUACUUCAAGGACCACUAAAGUCACCUCAUCUCAAUGAAGGGAUUUGUGUGCAGUGGUCCUGUAGGUUUAACCCUGCAAUGUAAAACAUUGUUUUUUUGUUUGUUUUUUUUUAGAAAUUUCAAUGCUUAUAUACACUAUAGGCACCCAGAUCACUGCAUCUCAUUGAAGUGAUCGGGGUGCAGUGUAUCUGCUCCCUUAACCCUGCAGCUGAAAACAUUGUAGAUAUGGUAAAUUGUCAUUAUGUUCCACCUCGUGGUGACGUCUGAGGAGACAGAGCCAUGGCUGAGGGACUUCGGUGCUGGAAUAAAGUAAGGGGAAAAUUAAAUUUUUAUUUAAAACCUUUUUGAUAGAGAAAGGGGAGAGGGAGGUCACGGGAACAGAGGGAAACUAUGCUUCCUGCUGCAGCAACGGCGUACACGUGUGACUGUAGCCCCCCAUAGGAAAGCACUGAUUUAAUGCUUUCCUUUGGAUAAAUUUGAUGUUCAAGUACAACUUGCUGUGUAUGUGUAUCAUGUCCCCAGUGCCUACUCGGUGAUGUCGUGGGAGGGGCAGAGGUAAGCAGAGCCUCAGAGCUGGAAAAAAGGUAAGUAAAAACUAUUUAUAUUCAUUUUUAUGCCGAACUGUGUGGGGACCUUGUUAUUAGGGAUACCAUGUUUGUAUUUGUGACGCUUUAACUGGUGACGUAACUUUUUCAAUUAUUCUUAUUGUGUUUCAGGCACUUUGUGCAGAUUACAUUAUGUGUAUGUGAAUUAUAUGGAGGAUGGAUGACAUUUUGUCCAGAUUGGCUUCUUGGCAGCCCCAGCCUUAAUACCAAUAAUUGGCUUUACCUGUGGGUCUACCUAGUGUUUUUUAAUGGCAUAUGGGUUGUUGUACCAGGACUGUUACUUUGGCAUUCCUGGGUGGAACUCAGAAAAAUGCAUCUUGGCAAGCAGAAGCCAGGAAAGAAGUCGCGGUGAAGAUAAAGAAGAACUCUUGGAAACCUUUACUCGUGUUUAUGAGACACUAUCAUCAAAUAAAAAAAAUAAAAUGGGUUAUCACCUUUAAUACACCGAGGAAAGCAUUUUAGAGGCGAUUCAUGAGAUUGUAAUGAAUUUCAAUAAUUUGAUGAUUUUUAUUAAAAAAAUGUUUUUGCAAAUGCAUCCCUUCCAUAUGGAUAAGUUGAACACUUAUGUUCUCAAAACUUGUAAUUAUUCAUUUUUUUUUCAAAUAAAAAUAUUUGAUAAUUUC